AUGGCAGCUUCCAUACAGCAGUUCCAAAGCUUAACACGGCAGCUCCUAACUUACUGCAUCAGCUCCCAAGCUUUCGGCAUCAGCUUCCAAAGCUUACGGCGGCAACUCCCAAGCUUUCGACAUCAGCUUUCGAAGCUUACGGCAGCAACUCCUAAGAAACGGCAUCAGCUCCCAAGCUUACGACAGCUCCUAAAGCUCCAACGGCAUCUUCCAACUCUUGCGUUGCCGAACGGCACCCCACAGGUGACACUUCUCCAGCGCCUUUUCUCAAGGCCAUGCCGAACGACACUUUUCACUUACGACGCCAAGGCUACCUGCUGGCACCUCAUGAAGAAUAAACAGAAUCAGCUCCCAAGCUUUCGGCAUCAGCUUCCAAAGUUUACGUUGGCAGCUCCUAAGUUUUCAGCAUCAGCUUCCAAAGCUUACAGCGGCAGCUCCUAA